AGUGAAGGAAGAUCAGAAGGAUCGGUUCAGCGAGGUGUUCUUGGCGUGUGGGUGAACUGUACGGCGCGGCCGCUUCAACAGGCUCUGUUUGACGGGUUUUGGAAAUCUGGGAUGGGAUGAUACCCCGAUGUAUAGCGCUCAACGCGGCGUAAGUGAGGUUACUUCCUUUGUAUGAGGCUUCAGUUAAUCUACGCAUGAGUUUGCAGGUCUGCCGACUCAAACUUCAACAUCCGCUCCUUCCUAAUCCAGUCGGACGACAUCAUAUGUGCCACAAAGCACGCACGCCUUCGUUUGCGAACUCUAUUCCGUCUUCCUAUUGUUCCCUUCAUAUUGUUGUGGUCAUCGCUCACAUUCCCACACAUUCAUUCACAGCAAAUCACUCUCCACUCGUCCACAAAACAUGGCCAUCGGCCGGCUUUACUACACAAUCGCAGCCCUGCUCCUCUGCUCAUUCUACUGCAGCUCCCACUACGAAGGCAAGUACCCCGACCGCGGCCUCAAGCCCUGGAGCGGCUUCGGAAAUCGCUACAAACGCGCGAAAAAGGACAAGGCAGAGUGGGAGGAACGGGAGAGAGUCAAUAAGCAAAAGGUGCGGGCUGCGAGACAGGCUGCUCAACAGGCGGAGCAGGAGGCCGAGGAGAUUGCGAGAGAGGACGGCGAGAGGAUUGCGAGGAGGGUCAGGGCUGCUUCGAGGCAUGGAUCUCGGUCACGGGCUGGGGAUCCUAGGAGGCAUGCCUUCUCUGCAGCGGGAAGAAGAGAGGGAUCUGAACGAGGGCAGUCUGUCUGCGAGCAUGCUGGGGAAGAGACGCCGCUCCAGCCUAUCCAGCGAUGGAGAUGAGGAGGUGGCGCGGGAUGCUGAAGGAGACGGUCGAGAGACGGCUGUCGACUUGCGCCCGGCAUCUGCGCUGGGUGACUUGUUCCAGCGGCGAGUGAAUGCAUCACCGGAGAAGUUCAACAAACAUGCCUUUGAAUCGCUAUCGUCGACGAACAACGGAGGCGGCAAUCGACCACCCUUGCCCAAGAGACUCCGCCUCGACAACAAGAUCGAGAUUACCUACGACUCCACAGGAACACCACGCAUCACUUCAUUCUCAGCAGAGUUCAGCAGCCAACACCCACCAACCUCAUCAUCAGCCUUCCCUCGCAUCGAUCACCCUCGCCUCCUCCUCCCAUCUCGCCCAGCCAAACCCAACCCAAGCUUCAGCCUCCUCCACGCCAUCUGCCGCGACAACGACCUCCUCCUCCACCUCGUCAGCUUCCUCACCAUCCCCUCCCUCAUCUCCCUCUACGCCAUCAGCAAACCCUUCCACUACCUCUUCAACCGCCACCACACCGCCUUCAUCCUCGCCAACAUGCGCACCUGGGCGCCCGGCGCCGACAAAAUCUACCCCUGGCACUGCUACCGGAGUCUCUGCGUCAAGGAUCCGGCGCGGAGGCAGAAGAAGCGGCUGGAGGGGAAGGAGGAUGAGGUGCGGAAGAAGUGGGAUGAUCUGAGGGAUGUGCCGGGUUUGCGGUGGUUGCAGAUGGUUGCGUGGAGGCAUGGCGUGUGCAAGGAUAUGUUGAUUCUGCUGCAUGCUACCGGGCUGAGGUGUCCUGCCGGGACAUUGAAUGCGAUUAAACGCAUGUGGUUCCUAAUGGACCUCCCCCUCAACGCCCACCGCAUAGCCCUCAUCCGCACCCACGCCUACAUCUCCUCCAAAACCCUGCAACUCUGGACCUGCUUCCUGCUCAAAGUCGACAUGUGCUUCACCAACCCCACGGCCCCCAUCUACCCCAUCCACCACCCCAACCAGUACCUGCACCCCAUCCACCUCAGCGGCGGCACACCGACGGGCGUUGCGCUGCGCAAAAUGCUGCUCGCCGAGCGCGGCCUGACGCCGCUUUGGAGGGUACUGCGCGGCUGGAACUGGGAUCCUACGCAGCCGCGGCUUCCGCUUACGAGGCUUGAUAUGCUGCGCUUGUGGGUAAGGCAUCGCUAUGGGCAUCCCGAGGGGACGGCGGAGGAGAUUCGCAAGCAGGCGGUGAUGGGUGUGCCGUGGUACGAAGUCGGCACGCUGGAUUACGAGCGCGUGGGCGUGUCGUUUUGCAACUUGUCUGAUGGGAGGAAGGUCACGCUCUCGCAUCGUUCGAUUGCUGGGACGGGGUUGUCGGAGAGUCGACAGCAGCAGCUGCUCUACCCGCAUGGGAAUAAGAGGAUUGUGGUUGCGAAUCAGAAGCCGAGGGAGAAGCUGCUACGUCCGGAUGAGUUACUCAUGCGGGAGUGUGUGCGGAGGAAGAUGGCGAUUCACAAGCAGUGGGUGCAUAUGAUGUUGUGGGGUUAUUGUGAUGAGGGGGGAAGGAAAUGGCCGCAGUGGACGGAGGAGCAGAUUGUGAGGAUGAAUAAGGGGUUGCCUCCCGAUUGGGUGGGAAAGAAGGUUGAGGAGCAGACGGAUGGGCAUGGGCAAAAGGCGGAGUAGGCUAUGACUGCAACUACGUUGGCGUUGGGAGGUGGAACGUAAGAAUACUCAGUUUCGAUUGAAGGGUAGCUAGCGCAGGAAGGCAGCGUCGCCAAGCUUGAGCUCGCAGCCUCCUUUACACUCAUCUGCUGGGACGUGAGAUCAUUCCGCGCUCUUU